CAGGGGCAAUAGUUUGUACGAGCCACACCUCUCAGUCCCAGCUUGCAGUUAAUUAUUAGCCAUGAUUGAUCUUUGUCAGUGGAGAGCUAGAAUAGGAUCCUGGAACUGUUCCCGCCAUUGGAGACAACCCAGUGCUUGUACUAGUACUGGUAACACUUACUGUGGAGCCAAUGGAGCUAGUAAUACUUCACAAGAGAAGAUUAUUAUUAGGUCCAUUUUGUCCUUUUUUUGUCUUCUUAUCCUCCUCUUCAUAUCAGGAGAUGUGGAACUUAAUCCUGGACCCACUCUUAAAGAUAAGCCAACAAAAGAUGAAUUGGUUGAGCUAUUGAGUAGCUCAAAGUUUACUGCUGGUACUUGGGAACAGUUUGUCUGUUGUCUUCCUAACAUGUCACAAGAUAUUGUGAGUAGAAUUAAACAGAGAGUGAAGGAAUUCAAUCAAUCCACUGAUCCUAUUGAUUAUGUAAGUGCAGUAGCUCAAUACUGGCUUGACAAUAAUCCUGAUAUAACAUGGAAGAGUAUUAUUCAUACUUUAUUGGCUAAUGAUGAGGCUGUUAUUGCUCAUCUACUUUUAGAAGAAAAAAUAAUUAAAAGCAAUAAAGGAGCAGGCAGAACUGUGGCAAGAGUUCUAAGGAGUCAUUAUUCUCAGUUAGGCCAUGCUACUGAAAGCAGUCUUCAAGAAAUAGCUGAUGAGUUGUACAGCAAGGGAUUAAUAACUCGUAUAGUCAGAAAAGAGCCAAAAUUAGAAAAGAUAGAAGUUGAGUUUUUAGCAAUAGUAGAGAUGUGCAUACAAGAAAGAAAUAUAGCUUUGCUAAGGGAGCAUUGUCUCACAUUUUUGCAAUGUAUUGCUAGUGUGGGGGGUCCUGCAAAGAAGGAGGCAUUAGCAUUAGCCAGAGAUUGGGAUAAUGAGGCUUUAAAAUGUAAUGAGAUAUCUUUCUAUAUGCAUCAAUCAUUGACAACGACAUCAAGCUAUGACAUUAUAUUCAGCAUCAAUUUCAAAUCUGAAGAGAAUAUUGCUAAAGAACUUGAUGACUUAAAUUCUGAGUUUGCUGUGCUCCUCACUAAAAUUAAAGAGUUUUAUGAUAAUAGUGAAAAGCACAGUAUCAUUAGUAUUGCUAGGUUUGUUGAAGAUUGCUUUGAUGGACUUGAUUCUCUUGCUCAUGAGAAUACAAAAAUUGAUGACAUAUUUAGAAAGCUUAAAGAAAAGUCUUAUUUUAAUUUACUUGACAUUAAAUCUAUAAAGAAAAUACUAAUAGCAUUCCCUAUUGAUGAUGCAUUACAAACUAGGUUUGAGGAUUAUGCCAAUGAUGUUGAAAGAUUUGUACAUUCGGCCAAUGUUUCUGACCUUAAAAAAAAAGCUAUUGCUGCUUUUGAACAAAAAGAAACUGCUUUUAACAAGAGCAAACUAAUUCUCAAACUAUCACAAAAGUGGUCCAAGCAAUCUAUAAAUAAUUUACGUAAGCUGAUGCAACAUUUCUUUGGUGAAAAAGCUGACUCUCUUACUUAUGAUGAUUCAUUUGAAGGAUCAAUAACAAUUCACUUUGUGAUUUCUUCAGAAAAAGAUGCUCAUCUUCUUGUACAAAUGGCUCAUAGUCAGGCAGUGUUUAUGUAUCAUUUUGGUAUACUUCAACUAAUUGUUAAUAAUAAAACCAUCAUUCAAAAUGUUGAAGAUGUAAACUUUGAAUUUGAGCAAUCACUUAGUGAUGCUAUCAUCUGA